AGCCGGCCGGCGUUUCACGCUCACUCCUGCUUCAGUCGUCAUCCUUGCCUUAUACGGUUCGUGUCAUCGUGUGUGAAGUCCAACGACUGAAUUAAGCUCGACCAAAAUGAACAAGUUUUCCGGACUCAAGUACAAGCUUGCCAAGAGCGAGAAGUUCGACGAGUACAUGAAGGCCCUCGGAGUCGGCCUGAUGACGAGGACUGUGGGCAAUUCCGUCUCCCCCGUCGUCGAACUGUUGGUCGAAGGAGACGAGUACACGCUGAAGUCUUCGUCCACCUUCAAAAACACGGUCGUCAAGUUUAAGCUGAACCAGGAGUUCGAUCAGGAGACACCCGACGGACGCAAAGUCAAGGCUACGUUCACGAUGGAAGGAGACAACAAGCUCGUCGAAGUACAGAAGGGCGACAAGGAGACCAAGAUCGUAAGGGAAUUUUCACCAGAAGAGGUCAUGAUGACCCUCACUGUCGACGAUAUCCUUUGUACGAGGCUUUACAAACUCGUCGAGUAAAUGCAUUCCGAGUCUUCUCUUCGUUUACACUUAUUAUCACAAAACUCCUAAGUAAAAUUACACUAAAUAUUGUAAUAUUUAAUAUUUUUUGAAUACACGUAUAAUUAUUAUAUCUUA